UAGAACCAUACCAAAGAAUUACUUACAUCUUUAUAAUCUACUCUCUGUGAUAUAUACUUGGCCACCAGAAAUACUUCGUGCCAUCAAACUCGAUUACACCCAUCGUCACAUAUACCAUCCAACACCACUUACACUAACUUACACAAUGAACCACCUCAGCUACUUCGAAACACUAAAACGGAGCUCCCCAAUGGCUGCCCCUACCACAUCAGCACCAGCAGAGAUGCCAUCACCCUCAUCAUCAACACAAAAAGUCGGCUUCAUGUCCCUCCCCCUGGAGCUCCGCUUCCAAAUCUACGACCACCUCCUCUCCAUCCCGCCGCACUCAAAAUCCUCCUCCCAUCACCACCUCUCCUCCUCUGCCACAGCCCCCUCCCACGUCUAUCCCGCAAUCCUCCUCGCCAACCGCCAAAUCAACUGGGAGGCCACGCCCUUCCUCUACUCGUCAAACAUGUUCGUCGCCCACCCGACCCUGCUCGCGACGUUCCCUCGCCUGCGCAACUGGUAUCCUCCCCUGCGAGAGGCCAAGACUCUCGUGCCCCUGAUCCACCGCUUCCACAUCCAGGUCCGCCUCGACCUGCCCCUGCAGUUCGACCGCAAGGCUGCCGCAGAGUCCUUCUCUGGGCUCGACGAGCUUUCCAUCGACCUCGUCCAGUCCAUGUUCCUGGGUGUCGAUUGCAACAACCUGGCCGUGUUUGACGCGGUGCGAGGCGUCAAGACCGUCUACAUCAGCGGCAGCACCACUGGUUUCGAACACUACAUUGCCUGGUUGGUCAAUGCCAUGACGAGUCCCAUGGGAGCUGAAGUUGCCCCUUAUGAGCCGGAAGCAGACUCUCCCUGGGCGCACAUCUGGAGCGGACACGCAAGUCUCGUCAAAUCAUCAAUACCCCAGAUCGAGAAGCAAGAGUAGAUAUGCAUACCUAGUAGGGGCAAAGAAAACAAAAACACUUUUAUGUUGCGUUGAAAACUAGGUAUCGCUAUACAUCUACCCAUCAAAACACCACCUCUCUCUCUUCGAAAUCAAAGUCCUCUAAAGCUCUUCCUCCAAACAAAGUCCUCUUUUUCUUUUUGUCUUGGCCAUCCAGCCCCCUCUAGUCCGUUUCCCGUGUCUAGGUCUAAGGGUCAUCUCAUACAUUUCGACAGAGGAAAAAAAAAAACAGCCGCAUAGGCAAACCAAGAAAGAAUCACAACAAGCGUCAUGUCCUCUCUGUUUUCGCAAGAUAUCCUUUUGUCCUUAACUCUCUUCUAUAUCCCUCAUGGUCUUCUUUUUCCUUCUUUCUUCUGUUUUCUGGGUACAAACGGUUCGGGUUCGUGUUGAUAGAAACACAAGGGAAUAAAAGGGUUUGAAAAACGGAAAGGUAGAAUAGGAAAAAAAUUAGAAGCAAGUA